CGGCGAUGAGCAGUGCUAGUCAACCGGGGUCGAGCCACUUGUCGGCGCAUAAUGAACCCAACUAUCCGCAGAGCCCGUUGUCUUGGGAAGGUGACCGAAUGUUUAAUAUUUACAUCUACGAUUACUGCUUCAAACGGGGAUUUCGGAAAACAGCCCGCGAACUACUUCUAGAGGCUGACUUACCACCAGAAUCCCAGCCGCCGAUAAACGCUAGGCAAGGCCUCUUAUUCGAAUGGUGGUCUGUGUUUUGGGUUCUUUUCACUGCCAAGGCAAGCGGGAACGGAUCCGACGAUGCGCUGAUUUACACACAGGUAAUUUUCAUUAUCACUUUCCCUCUGAUUGGCAUCCAUUAUUUUCUUUUCAGCAUCAAGCAAACCAGAGUAACAGUCGAAUGAGAGGUCAGCCAUUGCCGCCUCCAGGUCAGCCGCGUCCAGGUGUAAAUGGUCUUCCUUUACCUGCCAGCCGGCCGUUUCCUGCAACUGGCCCAAUGACGAACGGUGGUCCACCCGGUUUUCCUUCAGGAUCACACGUCAAUGGCAUCCCUCAACCACCAAACCAAUCGUUUCCUCAACAACCAAUAGCAGGUCCGCAACGGACUGCAAUAGGUCCCCGAGGCUCAACCGGCGGCGGUCCCCCUUUUCCUUCACCUACGAUGGCUAAUUCGCCUCACAAUCCCGGACAACCUCCGAUGAACAUCGGUCAGUCUCCACAUCUCAACUCACGUAUGCCGCCUCCACCCCCAAACGGCAUACAUCAAGGGCCGGGUCAAAUACCUGGAUAUCCCAUGAACCGGCCUCCAAGUAGAACAGCAAGUCCAGGCCAGAUGGGCGGAAUGAUACAUUCGAGCCCAUCCAUGAGCUCACGGCUAGUAUCCAAUGAUCCUCGUAGCUCACAGGAUCCCCUUACACAGGAACUGCUGAGAAUCCCGCCAGCUGCCCUGACUGGAUUGAGGGAAGAGCUUGGAUUGGUCGGAAAAGAAAUCCAAAACAUGACCUUGGACGAAAAGCAACGUAUCAAUAGUAUGUGGCGACAGAAAGGUCCCACAGGACGCAAACCUGGUCCCCCAAAUGCUGCUGCAGGUCCUUCAACAAUGCAUCCACCACAACGUAGAACUGGGAAGCGGAACAGCACGUCGCCUCGAGAAGACCCGGACAACGUCCCUGGGACAGGAUCACCUCCAACAAAGAAACCUCGCCGGUCGCCCGUCGAUCCACCACUAGGUCCAGCCUACCCACAACACGCGGCCCAGCCAGGCCAACCGGGCUCAAGCAUGGGCCCGCCUGGUGGUCCAGGCCCAGGUCCAGGUCCCGGGCCACAUCAACCAACAUUAGGAGGCAUGCGUCCACCAAUGCCUUCAGGAGGACCCCCGGGUGGCCCUAUGAAUGUAAAUGGGUUUGGUCAGCCGAUGGGGGGAAUGGGCGGGAUAGGAAUGAAUAGCAUGAAUGGUCCGGCUCCUCCACAUACAAUGAACGCAAUGUCACCGCCAAUGGGCGGGGGGAUGGCGGGUCAGCCGGGUAUGAUGACGCCUCAAAUGCAGCCCAUGAACCCACCCGGUCGUCCGCCACCACUAGAUGGACCGAUACAAUACCGCAACUCACUUGCCAAUUUCCACCAACGACAGCUUGGUGGUGGUGGCGCUGGAUCUCCUUCCGACCCAGGCUCAACUUUCGGUGGCGGCCCAGUACCUGGAGGACCAGGGCCUAAUAAUCGUAUAUCGAAACACGGUCCAGGAUUACCAAUGCCACCUCCAUCGCCUGGGAUGAACAAGGAUGGUUCGGCAAAGGACAUGAAUAUGAAAAUUGAAGGCUCACCUCGCGGUGGACUGCCUCCUUCAAGUGCAGGUAGACCUCCAUCAUCCCAAAAUCCCACCCCAAAUUCUGGUCCUCACCCAGGGGUUUUAUCCUUCAUUAUUUAUCAACCACUCAAAUCUGUGUUUUUCCUGCUUUCCUCACUCCUUUUUUCCCCUCUUAACUUUUGGGGAGGCGAGUGUAGUAACUGUUGUUAGAUCGUAAUUUCUUCCCAUUGUGCACUUCCAUUCAGUUCUCCUACCUCGACUUUAUACAACUCUACUGACCGUCAUUUAUUAUUUCUCUCAAGCUUGUUCUCUACUUUUUUCAACUCUUUCUUUACACUUGACUGUUGUCUGUCUUAUAGUCUACUUGC